AUGAGCUGGAGACUCAGCCAGAGAGACCAAAAGGAUAAUUUCGAAGAAAUUCUUUUGGACGAAAAAAUUUGCUUUCAGGUGCUUGCAACUCUUUACGACAGUAGGAGAUUAGACUGGAAUGACCCGAUCGAAAUCAAACGCUCGCUACUCUCUCAGAAUUUACCGGUGCCUAAGAAGUCCAGCAGUGUCACACUUUUGAUUUUUCUGAGUUUUUUACUUUUGGCUGGCGGCGUUGGUGGAGCCAUCAAAGGAUUACAAACGAGAAUUACUCUCGAACGGCGAAAAAUGUUGAUCAACUCAUACUUGCUAAGCAACAACCAUCGAAUACUCCGUCGAACUGCACUGACACCGGCUGAAUUUGGUGACUUUGUCUGA